AUGGAUAUCGUAAAGAGGAAAUGGAAGAACAUGGUCAUGAAGGUCUGGGAUAGAUUCUGCAACACAUCGAGAUCGCCGACGUCUCCGAACAGCCACCGCGCCGAAAACGUAGCGCCUGAAGGGUGUUUCUUCGUCUACGUUGGACCCCAAAGACGAAGAUUCGUGAUCAAGGCCGAGAUCGCCAACCAUCCGUCGUUCCAGAUGUUGUUAGAAGACGCCGAGCUCGAGUACGGCUUCAGCAAUGAAGGUCCACUCCUCCUUCCUUGUGAUGUUGAUCUGUUCAACCGAGUUUUAGCAGAGAUCGACAAUGGCGAGGAUCGAGAAAUGACUCCGAUUUGCAGCUUCGCUUACAGCCGCCCUGCUCGUCGGCCAACCAUGAAUAAAGGCCAUGGAUCGUAUAAACUUCUCACUCCAUCUUGA